AGAAGAAGAAGAAGAAGACGACCAGGAAGAAGAAGAAGAAGAAGAAGAAGAAGAAGACGACGACGACCGAAAAAGAAGAAGAAGAAGAAGACGACGACCAGGAAAAAGAAGAAGAAGAAGAAGAAGUGCCAUGUAAACACCAGAAGUGGUACAGUAGCGUGCAGGUGCGGUCCAGCCGAGUCGCGAUGAUGCAGAUGAAGAGCCGUGUGAGAUACAGCUCCGUGGGCAUCGCCGCCGCCCGGCUCUUCUCCUCCGCUCCCGCCCGGAACCCCGCGGUGUUCCUGGACGUCGAGGCGGACGGCGAGCCGCUCGGCAGGGUGGUCAUCGAGCUGAACGCGGACGUCGUGCCCAAGACCGCGGAAAACUUCAGAGCGCUGUGCACAGGGGAACACGGCUUUGGCUACAAGGGGUGUGUGUUUCACAGGAUUGUGCCCGAGUUCAUGUGUCAGGGCGGAGAUUUCACCAAACACAACGGCACAGGAGGGAAAUCUAUAUACGGGAAAACGUUCAAAGAUGAGAACUUCAAAUUGAAACACAGCGGUGCAGGAACCCUUUCCAUGGCAAACUCGGGGCCGCACACCAACGGCUCCCAGUUCUUCAUAUGCACGACGAAAACCCAAUGGCUGGACGGUAAACACGUGGUGUUCGGGCAGGUGAGGGAAGGCAUGGACGUGGUCACCAAGAUGGAGUCCUUCGGUUUGCACGACGGCGGAGUGAUCAAAAAGAUUGUCGUCACUGACUGUGGGGAGGUGACAUAAUGCCUGAGCUCACGUGGACUUCUGUGUGCAGCUUUUUGUCAUUUUGAAUCUGUCUUAUCAUCCUGUAUCCACGAUACCUUCGAGGAGGAGCUGCCACAGGUGGGGAUGUUCUUCCCUAAAAUCUUAUAUGUCUGCCGUUGGUUAUGAUGUUCAAACAUCCAUAGUUUUUUCCUUUCAGGCACAAAAUCCGGUUUGAAAUGUUGUUUACGAAAAGACUGGGUGUUACACUAACACAUUUCUAUCUUUUUGAUACAAAUCUCUUGCUUUUUCUAAGUUGUAACUGCCUCCCGACAGUUGUUUUUGUGCGAUCACUCACCGUUUACCGCCAAAUAAAUAAGCAUUUUCCGAUUUUA